ACGUUGCUGACUCGGAGGCGCCCGGGAGUCAGGAGGGAGCAGUCGACUUGAACAGGGAUGGCGCCAGGAAAACUUGAAGCAGCAGUAGGAGGGUCCUUGUAGUUGUAUAGCGCGCCGUGUCUCGUCUCAAAGCUGCUCUUGCUGAAGAAUAGCUCCUGGCCAUUGUUUGUCGUUCAAUCCAGCUUAGGUUUGCGCUGCGCUUUUCUUCUUUCACAUUUUCGUGUUGUUAUUGUUCUCCAGAAGACGAAGAAUUUGAUCCCGCUUCUAUCUGUCUAAUUUAGUGCAGCCAAAUUGAGGGACUCUUUCCGAGUUUGAAGUUUAAACUGUUGCUGCUGAAAGACACCGAGGCUAAAAGUUACUGUGGCUGACAAAAGUGCUCGCAUUGCAAGUCCGGAUCUGCAUCUGGGAACUGCAUGUGCUCAUAUCAGGCGCAGAAAGCUCUUAUUGCUUCGGAGGACCUCUCGGACGACAACUUUUAAUAUACAUGGGAAGCAAUUGACGGGUAGUCAUUAAUUGCUUACUCUUUAGCAAUCAUAACAGGUACACAAUUAUAAGGUAUCGUCCAGCUGGCACGGCCAUUGUGAGACAAGACUUGCAGCAUGGCUCAGUCAGCAGUUCUACUCAGCGGAUUUAAUGUCAGCUCUUUGGGAACAGCUUCGCAGCGAAUCAAGUCUCUCCGAAGAAAAACUCGCGAGCUGGGACUAUUUCAGGGGGGCAGCGUAUGCCGGGAGCCCUCCUGCACCAGGGACAGCCCCCCGCUGAAGUGUCACGCAGCCCUUCUGCCUGAGUUGGAGAGAGAGCAGCCGAGGAAUUACCGGCCUACGGCGGUUGCUGUGGCUCCACCCCCCAAAAAAGAUAGCGCGGUGCCCGCAAGGGAUGUAGAUCUGGUCGAGGGAGGUGCGGUGAUUGUCAGGGACGAUCUCGACAUGCUGCUGCAGGUGCUACCCAGCGACAUCCGCAAUAAGUUGUUGCGGCAUGGGCGGCGAGCUGAGCUUUUGGAGGUGGUCCUUGAUCUGGGGCGCCGGCCAGAGGCGCGCUUCCUUGACCUGGGAAACGGCCAAGGCGGGGGCGAAUAUCUGCGGGACGAGGAGGUAACCCGCGCAGACCUGAUUGCCGCCCAGGAAGCGGUGGGCGAUUUUGGAGGCGACAACCGCGCAGGCGUCGAGGGAACGCUGCACCGCAUCUCGGCGAUCAGGAACAGGCGUGAGGACGUUGUCGGGCUCACGUGCCGAGUGGGGCGAGCAGUUACGGGUCACAUUGAUAUGGUCCGUGACAUUCUGAGCAGCCAACAGGGGAUCCUGUUCCUUGGGAGACCGGGAGUCGGCAAGACGACCGUGAUCCGUGAAAUGGCGCGCGUGCUGGCAGACGACUUCCACAAGCGUGUUGUUAUCGUCGACACGAGCAACGAGAUUGGCGGCGAUGGGGACGUGCCGCAUCCAGCCAUCGGCGGGGCACGGCGGAUGCAGGUGCGCGACCCGUCGCAGCAGCACCGAGUAAUGAUUGAGGCGGUGGAAAACCACAUGCCGGAAGUGGUAAUCGUCGACGAGAUUGGGACGGAGGCGGAGGCGCUCGCGUGCCGCAGCAUUGCAGAGCGGGGGGUGCAGCUAGUGGGCACUGCGCACGGCCAGAUGCUCGAGAACCUCAUCAAGAACCCGACGCUGUCCGACUUGGUGGGCGGCAUUCAGAGCGUGACACUAGGUGAUGAGGAGGCGCGCAACCGCGGCACCCAGAAGAGCGUUCUGGAGCGCAAGGGUCCGCCCACGUUCCCGCUGGUGGUGGAGAUGCGCGAGCGCAACAACUGGGUCGUGCACCAGACGGAUCGCAGCGUGGAUGCGUUGUUGCACGGCAAGAGACCCACCGUCGAGAUGCGCACGCGCGACGCCAAGACGUUCGAGGUGGUGGUCGACCGGCGGUCGUACGACAGCUGGGGCAACGGCAAGCUGGACCACGAGUUCGACUAUGCGAGCGCCACCGAGGGCUCCACCAUGAUGAACACGCUGCGCGGGCGCCAGGCCAGCCGGCAGAGCAACCUGCUGGAGAGUACCUACGAGUGGGCCGUCAAAAUGGGCAAGGUGCCCGCAGACCGGGAAGCCUUUGGCGACCCGUCAAUGGACGAUUUGAUGGCGGCUGCAGGUUACGACCAGGCGUACCACUCGCCGACUCCCGGGAAGCGCGGGUCGCGGCGCGGCAGCCGCGGGUCGUUCAACAGCAGCUACCGUCCUUACGAGGAGUUUUAGGCGGUCCCUCAGAAUGCAGAGAAUUGAAAGUUAUGCGGACGCUGGGGACUCGCAGCAUAGCAGGAUGCCUUUUGCCGCCCACACCGUAAUGCAGUUGCAUGUUUGCUGGCGCUCUUCGGCCAGCCCACGUGCCAAACAGACUAGGUACAACCCGGGCCUCAGUCUCGGUCGCACAUGUAGAUAGUGUAUAGACACAUUCCGUUGAACAUUCUGGCUGCUUACCAGGAAAGAACGUGCAUGCUUUCAGAGGCCCCCGGUCGGGCGCUUAGGCAGCGGUUCGAAAAAUUAUAAGCGAAGGUGCCUGGCUCGCUUUAUGCCUUGCAGCUAGGGCGUAUUCAUGUACAUAGGUUUUACUGACCGCUAUUGUUUAGCUUGGCCACUGGGUUGUCGACAGAAGCCUGUGUCGCCAUCAAGUUUGAAAGUUUGGCGGCAGGAGCUGGUUUGGUACGUCAGUGCAAGCAGGUUGAACCAGGUUAACAGCUCAGAACGUUCUGGGCAAAGGGACAACGCUGGUGGAUCAAUGCAUUGUGGACAAAGAGAAAGACCAAUUGAAUAAAGGCAGCAUUAUACAUGGACAAAGAUUGCAUAUGCCGCACCAAGCGUUUCGCCUUGAGCCCCU